ACUUGCGAGCAUUCGAGAUCAAAUGUCUCUCCGGCUUUUUAUGACGACCAGGCGAUGGACCUAGAGAACUACUAAAGGUUUGACUCUAAUAAUGGCUCUAUCGUCUCCAAGAAUUCCCCUGAAACAUCGGGGAUUGAAUAGAGAGAUGAUAUAUCGACAAUAGUCAUAUCAUGAAAGGUAUCCGCAAGUCUGCUAGUCUUCCGGCUUCACCAUCGAGAACAUUUUUACGGGAGGAAAAGGUUGAUGGCGCUGUUUACGAAGUCUCUUUGAAGAAAGUUCGUUACCGCAGCAGCGAUCGGUUCCCGAGCGAAGAGGACGAAGUGUCUCAUCUUCAAUGGGAGACUAUACGAAUUUGUAAAAUCAAAGCUGGUACUUUGGAGAAACUUGUGGAAAAUCUAGCACCAUGCAAAGCGCCGUUAGAGGAAUUAGAUCCUGGUUAUGUGCUAGCUUUCCUUUCGACCUACAGAGCCUUCGCGAAGGUAGAAGAAGUUUUAGAAUUGCUCUUGAAAAGGUAUGUAGAAUAUAAAGGGAGAAAGGAGGAAUGUCCAGAAAUAAGCGAAAGAGUUCAAAGGGGUGUAGUCGCUGUUCUACUUGUAUGGUUGGAACAGUUUUCAUCAGAUUUCAACGAUCCACCAGAGUUCCAAACACUGAAGAGAAUCCUGGGAUUUGUGAGAACUGAGAUAAGCAACCAUGUAUGCGGAGAGCUGGAGAAGAAAGUGCAGCACAAGAUAGACAUGUUUGCCAUUACUCCGUACGAAGGGGAAGGUAGCCCGAUACCCUUUCGUCUCUCAUUAGUCAAAGAUGUCGACUUUGUGGUAGAGGCUGUCGAAAAGCUCACUGCAGAGAAUACAGAAGAAAGCGGAACCAAUCUAUUGUCUAUCGAGCCUGAGAAAUUUGCAGAGCAACUCACCAUUAUGGACGCAGAGUUAUUUCGUAAAGUGAUCGCAUGGCACUGUAUGGGCUCGGUGUGGUCUCGGAGAAAGCGGUCCCACAAACCAGCCUUUACGGUCCAGGCCACUGUAGACCAGUUCAACGCCGUGUCUCUCAAAGUUCUCUCGUCAAUACUGAAAACACCAGAGAACAAAAGCCCGGCUCAACGAGGAAGAUACAUCAACCAGUGGAUCAACAUCGCACAGUGCUGCCGAAAUUUAAAGAACUUCUCGUCCCUUAAAGCAAUCAUCUCCGCCCUGCAGUCGGCCUCAAUCCAUCGUCUUAAAAAGUCUUGGCAACACGUACCACGGGAGAGUACGGCUUUGUUUAACGAGCUCGCGUCAUUGUGCUCGGAAGAAAAGAAUCAGCAGAUGAGCAGAGACGUCCUAAAUAAGGAAGGCACAGCGAAAUGGACAACAGCCGCUGACCCAGGUCACAAAAAGCCGCUAAGGAAACGACGCUCGCGCUUCAUGGAAAUGGGCGUCAUACAAGGGACUGUCCCUUACCUGGGAACGUUCCUCACGGACCUAAUGAUGCUUGACACUAUUCACCACGACCUCACUGAGGAUGGAUAUAUCAAUUUUGACAAGAGGCGAAAGGAAUUUGAAAUCAUCGCUCAGAUCAAACUUUUUCAAGAAGCCGCGAAGAACUACACAUUACUAACACCAGACGAUAACUUUCGGCACUGGUUUGACAACAUCACAACGCUUACGGAGAGGGAAAGUUUCGAACUUUCGUGUAAACUGGAAAAAGAUUCCGUCAAGAAACGAGGAAGUGGCAGAUUUAAGCUAAGACGGAACCAAAGUGACCCCGAUAUUUCUAAACUGUCGCUCUCUCCGCCUGAAAACCACUUAUCGCGGCUAGGCUCAAAAUCUACAGAAGUCUCACCUGUACUUCACCGACAUAGUCGAAACAACUCCAACUCGUCGUCAUCAUCCACAUCAUCCGGGAUCUCGUCUGGCUCAGAGACUGCAAGCGCCAAAAGCUUGACUUUACCACGUGAUCACAGGCCCUCUUCUCCAUGCUUGCGGGCUCCGCUGGUUGGUUCGCCCCAGUCCGCACGCCAGAAGGCCAUGCAUAGAUUAACUUUAUCGCUACCUUUACCCGGCUCCAGUCCCCGGGAGUAUGAAACGGGCCAUAUUAUCCGCGUGAGUCUGGAAAGUUCCUCAAGCACAGGAGUUAUGUAUAAAGGAGUCUGGUUGACAGACGAGGAGAGAACGCCGAAGGUAAUCCGGACGAGUCUCGCCAAGCAUGAUAUCGAGGCUGAUCCUGCUGAUUACUGCCUUGUACAACAGCUUGACAACGGGAACGAGCUGGUGCUGCCCGACUACUGCAAUGUUUACUAUGCUAUGAACUCAUCUGUGGAACCCUUAACCUUUCACCUGAGGAAAAAAACAAAGACGGAAAGAUAAUACCCGGCACAUGAAAUAGAUUUUACAGGUGAUAUUCACAUGGUCUGUUCUCCAACGUUACGCAUCCGCGCAUGGAUGGCUUAAUUAAUGACAUUAGGAAUUGGCAAUCCUCGCUAAUGCUCAUUAGAUAUGAAGGCUAGAUUUCUCCAAAACAGUCUAUUGAUCCAUGUAAAUAACAAUCUACCAGACUGACGGAAUUCCUUUAGGAAUGGAAAUACCAAUAGACUUUGCUAUACAUGGAAUUUGCUAUACGUGGGUAUAAAAACGGGAUGUGGGGGGAGGGAGGGGGACUUUCGAGACUGCGUAAAAUACCGUAGAUGUCAUAUUAGGAAUUUAUGUGAAUGGAUUUUAGGAAGUUUGUUUUUAAUUUAAAAUAAGCAUAUUGUAUUCAGCAUUAUAUGUACAUUGAUUUUUAUUUCGGUUCAUUAUUAAAAAAAUGUACAGUUUUUCUAUUUUAAGAUAAAGCAAUUUUUAGAUAUAUGAUACAUUAUAUAUAAUAGCUGAAUAAAACCCUUGAAUGCAAA